GCAAUCUUGAUAUUGAUAUUGAUAUUGAUAUUGAUAUCAGAAUCAGAAUCAGAAUCAGAACCAUGGCCCGCUGUCUGCGUCCACGGGCUCGCGGGUCUGCCAUCACCAACACGGCGACUGGCAGCACCAGCACCAGCACCAGCACCAGGCUGAAACAAACCAGCAGAUCUCGAACAACCAGACAGGCCACGAAGGGUAACCCGAAACCCAACCCGAAAACAUCUCUCAACAUCACCACCACCACUACAGCGAAUAAAGACACACGCACACGCUCAUCCGCCACAUCCUCUCCGCUGUCCACGCCUCCAUCAACCCUAUCCACGCAAUCCCCGCCCUCCCACUCCCACUCCCACUCCCCAACCCCGAACUCGAACUCAACAAGCCAGUUCUCCACCAUCAAUACCCCAGAAUCAGCAUCAAGCAACCCCUCAGACACAGUUGACGCCUCACCCAUACCCACACAGACACCCACACAGACACCAGCAGCAUUACAGACACCAGCAGCAUCACUAUCACUAUCACUAUCAAACAAACCCAGACCCACAAAUCCACAAGCAGCCCCCCAAAUAACAUGCUCCUUCACCCCCUGCACGCUCCCAACCGCGCACCACCGGAAACUGAUCUCGCACAUCUUUGGGCGAAACAAAGCCAGCACGAAGCGGAUCCCACCAGACAUGUGGAUCUACUACUGCCGGAAACACUACCAGCGGGCGCGGUACCGGUCCGCGCGGUGGCCGUUCGUGCAGUGCGAUCUGGUGCUGGAGAGUCUGCGGCGCAUGGAGCGGUGGGGGCGGUUGGUGGGUUCGAGGUGAAACUGCGCAGGAGGGAGGCGGAGAGGUUGCGGGUGAGGAUGC